AUGUCUCUCCGAUUUCCACUCAGGCCCUGGGCCCUACGAAUGCUCAACUCAGAAGUCGCCAGCUUCCCCUUAUCAAACCCAACAUCUCGCAUGUUUCGCCGCCCAAUAUCACUCGCGCCCGCGCAGAGACAGCUUUUCAGCAUCCGGAAACAAUUACCAUCGCUGAGAACACUCCAGCAAUUUCAAUUGCAAAGUACAGCAUCCCGAGGUCAAAUCCGCCGCACCUUUCGUACUUACCGCCCCCGAUUUAACAACAAUAAAUCGGUUGGACCUGGAUACACAUACCAAGCCCCCAACGCGACGCCAUCGCUCUCGCAACGCCUUAAGACUCUCUCUCGCGAAUAUGGAUGGUCUGCGCUCUGGAUCUAUCUCUUCCUCUCGGCGCUUGAUUUCCCGUUCUGCUUUGCGGCGGUGAAACUACUUGGCGCGGAUAAGAUUGGGCAUUAUGAGCAUGUUAUCGUUGAGAGCGUCAAGGGUGCUGUGAAUAAGGUUUGGCCGGGAGCUUUUAAGGAGUCAGAGGAGCAGAGCGAGGACGAGGAUUUCGGCGCUCAGGCUGGGGGAAAGAAGAAGGGACCGGUUGAGGAAGCCAGUUUAUGGACGCAGCUUGCUCUAGCGUACGCCAUUCACAAGAGCUUCAUCUUUGUGCGCGUGCCGCUGACAGCGGCUAUCACGCCGAAAGUCGUGAAGCAGCUCAGAAAAUGGGGCUGGGAUGUGGUCAAGGGCAAGCCAAAGGCCAAGUAG